CCAUCUACCUACCACUUUUCAACACCUACGCAACCCCACUUACACAGACAUUGUUUUUGUUCAGAAAACCCCUCUCUUUCUGUGACCGUUCUUUCUAUCGUGCUCUCUUUUCUUUCUUUCUGCUUUAACUCUCUCUCUCUCUUCUCAAUUUGUUUGAUCGUUCCGAGAAUGGAAGCCAAAUUAUUAGGAUUCGCAUCUCCUGCAAUACAAACCCAUACUGGUUGUAAGCUUUCAAAACCCAGUUGCCUUUUUGCGCACAAAGGUGGGCGGAUUUGCAGCUUUCGAUUCAUCAAUACAAACUCGUCAAAACAUGGGUCUCCAUCUGUUCAAGCAUCUGCAACUCGCAUUGGAUUGCCAAAGAAAGAAAGGGUCGAUGAAAGUCAGAGCUAUACUCUAGAGGGCAUAAGACAUUCUUUAAUACGACAAGAAGAUAGCAUCAUAUUUAGUCUUUUGGAAAGAGCUCAAUAUCGUUACAAUGCAGAGACCUAUGACCCUAACGCUUUCUUCAUGGAUGGCUUCAGUGGCUCUUUGGUUGAGUACAUGGUUAAAGCAACUGAGAAGCUUCACGCUCAGGUGGGAAGAUACAAGAGUCCUGAUGAGCAUCCUUUCUUCCCUGAUGACUUGCCCGACACAAUGCUGCCUCCUUUAGAAUACCCCCAGGUUCUGCAUCCUAUAGCUGAUUCAAUCAAUAUCAACAAUGAAGUAUGGGAUGUGUACUUUAGAGAUCUUCUUCCGAGAUUAGUUAAGGAAGGAGAUGAUGGUAACUGUGGAUCAACUGCAGUUUGUGACACAAUUUGCUUGCAGGCCCUCUCAAAGAGAAUUCAUUAUGGUAAAUUCGUAGCAGAGGCAAAAUUUCGAGCAUCACCGGAUGCAUAUGAAGCUGCCAUUAGAGCUCAAGACGGUGCCCAACUGAUGGAUUUGCUAACAUACCCAGCAGUGGAAGAGGUAAUCAGAAAGAGAGUAGAGAUGAAAGCUAAAACCUAUGGGCAAGAGGUGACAGACAAGAUAGAGGAAGACAGAGCUGAUCCCAUAUACAAAAUAAAACCAAGCUUAGUUGCUGACCUUUAUGAAGACUGGAUCAUGCCAUUGACGAAAAAUGUUCAGGUUGAAUAUUUAUUAAGAAGACUGGACUGAAGUUAGUUUAUCAAGUGAAUAGUCUUAGUUUUGCUGUGUGUGAUAAGUACAAUGAUGAAAAAAAUGCUUGUGUUUUUGUACAGAGUGGUAGUAUAUAUGCCACUAUGUCAUUCUGAGUGUUAAACUAGUCUCCUUUUGCUGUAUAUUUUGAUCUAUUGAGUAUGUUAUUCCAGGUGUUAAUAAUGCAUCA